CUGCGAUACUCAGUUAAACUGCGUCGCAUGUACCGGACUAGCACUCGAGUAGUUUGAACUCGAGUACACAUUUCCGAGAAUGGGCGCCGCGCCUUCAAAGGCGUCAGGCUUUUGGCCAAACUUCCGCGUACUAUCAGAUGUUCUCGUUCAAGGCCAGGUUGAUGAGACGACGGGCCCUCGGCGAGGGCCAGCCAUGGCCGAGACAGACCAGGCCAUGCAAGAUGCGUCCAGCUUUGGACUUCAGCUGCUCUUCCGGCAGUCGCUGGUGGCACCGCUGCUCCAAGCUGCACUUGAAGAGGCCUUGACGGACCUGCCGUGGUUUGCGGGCCGGCUGGUGCUGCGCGAGGGCGGGCGGCAGUUUGACGUGUCCUGCUGCAACAGCGGCGCCCGGCUGGUGGUCGCCGCCACCUCCGCCAGCCUGCAGCAGGCGGAGGCAGCCAUGCGCAACAGCACAGGGAUGGCCUCCCCCGGCACAUCCGUGCUCAACCCCUAUCGCUCGCUGGUGCUGCCGGUGGAUGCAGACGCCAUUGUCCGGCAGAAGCUGCCGCUGGCCUCCGUGCUCCUGCUGCACCUGCGCGGCGGUGGCGCGUUGCUCAUGCUGUCUUUGUACCACGGCAUCGCGGACUUUGAGUCGCUGCAGACCUUUGCUGCGCACCUCUCGGCCGCCUACAACCGCCGGGUGGCGGCGGAGGCGGCGGCGCGGGAGCCGCCGCCGGUGGACAUGCUGCUGGGAGAGCUGGACAGCCGGUCUUUUCAGACGCGCGCAGCGGAGGUCGUGAACCCGCGCACAGGAGCUUUCUUCAACCCGCAGUGGCCGGCAGAGGUGCUGGCGGCAGGCGCAGCCGCCGCUGCGGCGGCGACCGGCACGGCGACUGUGGCCUCGGCGGCUGGGCCAGCGGCGCCCCCGACCGCCACCGCCGCACGCGCGGACGCGCACCCAACGCAAGCACCUGCUGCGGCAGCAUUAAUUGCGGCGGCGGCACCAGCACCAGCAGCACUGGGUGUGCCGCCGCGGCCCGAGAGCUAUAUGUUGGCGCGGCCCUGGCAGAUGGCGGUGGUGGUGUACCACUACAUCCGGGAGGUGGUGGUGCGCGGCGGCGGGCUGGAGGGCCGUGUAGUUCGGGUGCCGGCGGCCCGACUGGAGCAGAUCAAGCAACGCGCCCACACCGAGCUGCUCCAGCUGCGGCAGGAGGAGGAGGAGGCGGCCCAGCUGCAGCAGCGGCAGCAGCAGCAGGGGAAGGGGCUAAAGGGCCGGCCGCAGGAGGGCGGCGGCGGCAGCAUUGAGCUGCAUGCCUCGGCAACAGCAGCAGCAGCAGAGGCAGUGGGCGCGGCGAUUGCCGCUGGCGGCGGGGCGGCGUGGGUGUCGGCGAGGGACGCGCUAUCAGCUCGGAUCACGCAGGUGAUGCACGCGUUGCCGGUGCGGCGGCAGGGGCCCAUGGUGCUGCUCCAUCUGGUGAACAUGCGGCGGCGGCUGCAGGGGCCGCCGGGGCAGCAGCUGCAGGCAAGCGCCGCAGCCGCAGCAGACCACGGCCAAGGCCGGGUCCCGCUGGGCGGCAGCGGUAGCGCCGGCGGUGUGCCUGCGGCUGCGGAGCAGCUGGCGGCGGCGGCAGCUGCAGCUGCCACCUCCGCCGCGGCUGCACCAGCCGGGUUGCCGUCAGCGGCUGCUGCUGCUGCAGGUGGUGGAGGUGCUACUGCUGGUGCUGCUGCCGGGGCCGCUGAACUGGUGCCCAUGCGCCAGCUUGGGAACAUGGCAUACGGGGUGUGGCUGGAUCUGCCGCCGUGCCCCUCUCAGCAGGAGCGGUUGGGACACCUGGCCAGCCGCAUCCGCACCGCCAUCACGCACCACGUCGUACCUCAUUUCCACGACACGCUGGCGCAGCUGCGGUCUCUGUUGGCGGUCCCGGGCGCCGACGCGCGUCGGCUGAUGACCACGUUGGUUGCGGGCUGGCGGCGGCGGGAGGCGUGCUUGUUUGCGCCCGAGGGGCCGCUGCUCAUAAACCACUGGAUCAUCCAGCACAAGCUGUGGCAGUUAGGACCCGAGCCGCCGCUGGAGCUGCUGCCACUCGGCGAUUGCCUCAUCCCCAACCUGUUCCUCACAGUGGACAGCCCGCCUCAGCCCCCGGCAGUAGCAGCGGCGGCGGGGGCGGGGGCGGCGGCGGCGGCUGCUACAGCCGCCUCUGGGGCGGCCGUGGCUGUCGGCAGCAGUAGCACUGGCAGCGGCAGUAGCAGUAGCAGGCGGGACCUGUUGAUGGUGGUGGUGCUGCACAAGCUGGUGUGGCGCCAGCUGGACGCGGUCACAGGCGGCGACCUGGCGGCGGCGCUGUGAUGAUGAGGGCUGGGGCCGGGUGCCGAUGACACGGACUGGCGGUGGACUAGGGGAGCAGGGGGUGGUACAAAGGAUGGAGCAGGGGAGGGGCGUGAGGCACGGUGAGGCGCGGCGGCUCACAGCUUGACUGCCGGGUGAUCGGGUCAGAGGGGAGGGGCGGCAGUGGUUGGACAUCACGUGCUCAGUCCCGCAGUGUGUGGUACUGGGUGGCCAGCUGCGUAACGUCUGGUGUGAAGGCGGCGGGGGUUGUCCCGUCGCGGUGGUGGCGUCUCCCGCGGAGGGGCUCCCGCCUCCGGGACCCUUCGGGUUUUAGGGUCCGAAGGGUUUACGAGCACCUCACCUAGUGUGUAGGCCAUACCUGUCAAACAUAUGGGACAUCUUACGCGUAGUCA